UCCGGUUUUUCCGUUGUCUUACGGUUGUUGUUGCUAUCUAGGUCUUUAGGCUUAGGGUUUCUUCGAUAGUAUUGUUAUUGGAGCGAAGAUGAUGCAACCUGCAACAGGCGUGGUUCCUCCUCGGAUGGCUCCACCACCGAUGGAUCAACAGCACCAGCAGCAGCCACCACCGCAACAGCAGUGGAUGAUGAUGCCUUCACAACAGCCUCUUCAGCCACAGCCCCCUCAUGCGUGGGCCCAACAGUCACAGCCAGCCCCGCAGCCGCAGGUACCACCUCAGCAACCACAGCCCCAACCGCAGCAGCAGUACAUGUCCGCGCAACCAGCAAGCGCAGAUGAGAUUCGCACGCUUUGGAUCGGAGAUUUACAGCAAUGGAUGGAAGAGAACUACAUUCACAGUUGUGUUGCUUAUACAAACGAGGUUCUCUCGGUGAAGGUUAUCCGCAAUAAACAAACUGGUCAGUCCGACGGUUAUGGCUUUAUUGAGUUUGUAUCUCGCGCUGCUGCAGAGAGGAUUUUACAGACAUACAAUGGCACACCCAUGCCUAAUGCCGAGCAGAAUUUUAGACUGAACUGGGCUACUUUUAGUUCUGGGGAUAGACGUCAGGAUGAUGGAACAGACUUCCCAAUAUUUGUGGGAGAUUUAGCUGCUGAUGUUACCGAUUACAUGUUACAAGAGACAUUCAGGAGUCACUAUCCCUCUACCAAGGGUGCUAAAGUUGUGACUGAUAGAACAACUGGACGUUCAAAGGGUUAUGGGUUUGUUAGGUUUGGAGAUGAAAAUGAGCAAAAGCGUGCCAUGACUGAAAUGCAUGGGAUGUUCUGUUCGACUAGGCCGAUGCGUAUUGGACCAGCAACCACGAAAAAGAAUGUGGAUGGCCAGCAAAAUAAAGCUUCUUUCCAGAAUGCACAAGGAACUCAGAACGAGAAUGAAGCUAAUAAUACAACUAUAUUUGUUGGUGGUUUGGAUUCCAAUGUUACAGAGGACCAUUUGAGACAAAUUUUUGGCCAAUUUGGGGACUUAGUUCAUGUGAAAAUACCAAUGGGAAAGCGUUGUGGGUUUGUUCAAUUUGCAAUCAGAGCUUGUGCUGAGGAAGCUUUGAUGAUGUUAGAUGGAACUCCGUUGGGGGGACAAAAUAUUCGACUUUCGUGGGGACGUAGCCCUUCAAACAAACAGGCUGCAUCUGUGGUUCAGCCACAGCCAGAUCAAAACCAGUGGAAUGGUGGUGGGUAUUAUGGGUAUGCUCAAGGUUAUGAAUCCUAUGGCUAUGCACCAGCUCCACAAGAUCCUAACAUGUAUUCUUAUGGAGCGUAUCCAGGAUAUGGAAAUUAUCAGCAACAGCAGUGAUCUGCUUUAUUUGUGGCAGUGAAGAAUUGGCUGAUGGUGAUUUCAUCACUACUGUAGUGGCAUAUGUUAUGUAUCUAAAGAGGGAGUAAGGAGUUCGGAUAUCCAUUUGUUUCAUAUAAACUAGUCUGCUGCUGGUCAAGUAUAAUCACCGGGGCUUAUCCCCAGUACGAGUUCAUCGGAAAGAGCUGUAGAGUAGGCUUGCUUUCUGGUGAUCAUUUAGGCUUUAUGCUUAUCAUUCCCUUAUGUUUUCUUGCGACUGAGUUUCGCGACAGAUUUAUAGAUUAGCUACCUU